AUGCCCGGGGAGCCCCGAACCGACCCCCAGGACCUCCGAACGAACCCCCGGGAAACCCAAACUACCCCCCGGGGAGCGCUGAACCAGCCCCUGGAGCCCCGAACCGACCCCUGGGAACCCGGAAAUACCCCCCAGGAGCCCCGAACCGACCGCAGGAGCCCCGAACUGCCCCUGGCAGCCCCGAACUGCCCCCGGGCGUCUCCCCUCUGGCGCCGAAACACCGAACCGCCCCGAACCGAACCCUGGAGCCCCAAACCGCCCCGAACCGAACCCGGGAGAACCGAACCGACCCCCGAGGAGCCCCGAACCGCCCUGAACGGACCCCCAGAGUCUCCCCUCUGGCGCCCGAAACACCGAACCGCCCCUAACCGAACCCGGGAGCCCCGAGCCGCCCUGAACGAGCCCCGAACCGCCCCGAACGGACCUCGGGAGAACCGAACCGAACCCCAGGACCUCCGAACCGACCCCCAGGAAACCCGAACUACCCCCCGGGGAGCCCCGAACCGCCCCUGGAGCUCCGAACCAGCCCCCAGGAGCUCCGAACCGAUCCCUGGGAGCCCCAAACCUACCUCGCGAUCCCCGAACCGACCCCCAGGAGCCCCGAGCCACGCCCGAGGCAGCCCCGAACGGUACCUCCGGGAGCCCCGAACCGGCCCGAAGAGCCCUGAACCGGCCCCGAACCGCCCCUGGGAGUCCCUAACCAGCACCGGAAAGUGCCGAACCACCACCAAGAGCCCCGGACCGUCCCGAACGGACCCCGGGAGAACCGAACCGACCCCCGGGGAGCCCCGAACCGGCCCGAAGAUCCCCGAACUACCCCCCGGGCAGCCCCAAACCGCCCCGAACGGACCCCGGGAGAACCGAACCGACCUCCGGGAGCCCCGAAAAGCCAUCCAAAGUCCCGAACCACGCCCCGGGCAGCCCCGAACCGGCCCGAAGAUCCCCGAACCAGCCCCUGGGAGCCCCGAACAGCCACCCGAAGCCCCGAACCAGCACCGGAAAGUGCCGAACCGCCACCAAGAGCCCCGAACCGUCCCGAAGAGCCCCGAAGAGCUCCGAAUGUUCCCCGGGAGAACCGACCCGACCCCCAGGAAACCCGAACUACUCCCCGGGGAGCCCCGAACCGCCCCUGGAACACCGAACCAGCCCCGGGAGCUCCGAACCACGCCCAAGGCAGCCCCGAACGGUACCUCGCGGAGCCCCGAACCGCCCCGAACGGACCCCUGGGGAGCUCCGAACCGACCCCGGGAAGCCCUGAACCUGCCCCGAACCGCCCCGAACCGACCCCCGGGAGCACCGAACCAGCCCCGAAACCCCAAACCAGCACCGGAAAGUGCCGAACCGCCCCGAACGGACCCCGGGAAAACCGGCCCGAAGAUCCCCGAACCAGCCCCGGGAGCCCCGAACUGCCCCCGGGCAGCCCCAAACCGCCCCGAACGGACCCCGGGAGAACCGAACCGACCUCCGGGCAGCCCCGAACCGCCACGAAGAUCCCCGAACGGCCCCUGGGAGCCCCGAACCGACCCCCAGGAGGCCCGAACCGGUCCGAAGAGCCCCGAAUCGCCCCGUCUCCCCUCUGGCGCCCGAAACACCGAACCGCCCCGAACCGCCCCGAACCGAACCCGGGAGCCCCAAAUCAGCCCCGGGAGCUCCGAACCGACCCCCAGGAGAACCGAACCGAACCUGGGAGCCCCAAACCGCCCCGAACCGAACCCGGGAGCCCCAAACCGCCCCGAACCGCCCCGAACCGAACCCGGGAGCCCCGAACCGAACCCGGGAGAACCGAACCGACCCCCAGGAGCUCCGAACCGACCCCCAGGAAACCCGAACUACCCCCCGGGGAGCCCUGAACCGCCCCUGGAGCUCCGAACCAGACCCAGGAGCCCCGAGCCACGCCCGAGGCAGCCCCGAACGGUACCUCGGGGAGCCCCGAACCGGCCCGAAGAGCCCCGAACGGACCCCCGGGGAGCUGCGAACCGAACCCCAGGAGCUCCGAACCGACCCCAGGAAGCUCUGAACCGGCCCCGAACCGACCCCCGGGAGCCCCGAACCAGCACCGGAAAGUGCCGAACCGCCACCAAGAGCCCCGAACUGACCCGAACGGACCCCGGGAGCCACGAACCGGCCCGAAGAGCCUCGAACCGACCCCCGGGAGCCCCGAAUCGCCCCUAA